UCCGGCCUCACCUCUCGCUUUCGCCUCCCGUCGUCGUCGCCUCUUCCUUUCUUCUUCUUCUUCCCCUCACCGCUUCCGUUCGCAUUUCCCUCCAGAAAACCCAACCGCGCAACUGCCCACUCGCCCCCCACCCAACGGCCGCGCAGACCAAAUCCUCCUCCUUCCCGCCGACGACGCCCUCGCUGCCUCGAUGGCGUCCUCCUCCACCGCCUCCUCCUCCGCCCAAUUGGGGCUCGGCCUCGGGCUAGGGUUAGGCGCGAUGGGUGGCCUGGGGCUCCUCCUCCCCGCCGACCGCGAACACGACCCGGAGCUGAAGCCGUGCUCUCCCCCCAAGGGCGUCCUACGGCUGCGCGGCGCCGUGCAGCACUACGAGUGGGGCAGCCGCGGGGACGCCUCCCUCGUCGCUCGCCUCGCCGGCGAGACAGAGGAGGGCCGCCCCUGCGCCGAGCUCUGGAUAGGCACCCACCCGGCUGCCCCGUCGUCGCUAGCAUCCGACGACGGGGGCGCGGUCUCGCUCAGGGAGUGGCUGGCGCGCAACCCCGCUGCGCUCCUCGGCCGCGCCGUCACCGCGCGCUGGGACGGCGACCUCCCCUUCCUAUUCAAGGUGCUCUCGGUGGCGAAGCCGCUCUCCAUCCAGGCGCAUCCGGACAGGGAGCUCGCCAGGGCGCUCCACGCGCUGCGCCCUACCACGUACCGCGACGCCAACCACAAGCCUGAGAUGGCCGUUGCCGUCACCGAGUUCCGCGCCCUCUGCGGCUUCGUCAGCGUCCAGGAGCUCAAGGAUGUUUUGAGGACUGUACCUGAGGUUCGAAUGUUAGUUGGCAAAGAAGAUGUUGUGAAGCUUAUGACUGCCAAAGAGCACGAUGGAGGUAUUGGAGUAAGGUCAUAUCUGCAAUCAGCUUUUACUAAGCUAAUGGCAACAAGCAAAGAAGCAGUUGCUGAAGCAAUUUCCAAAUUAAAGAGUCGCUUGAAUGGGGAGAUAAAGAUUAGAACCUUUACAGAGAAGGAGCAACUAGUUUUAUCACUAGAGCAGCAGUACCCAGGAGAUGUUGGCGUUUUAUCAGCAUUUUUCUUUAACUAUGUUAAGCUCAGCCCUGGUGAAGCACUUUACAUUGGUGCCAACGAACCACAUGCAUAUCUAUCAGGAGAGUGUGUUGAAUGCAUGGCUACCUCAGACAAUGUAAUUCGUGCUGGUCUGACUCCUAAGUACAAAGAUGUCCAAACUCUUUGCUCCAUGCUGACAUACAAGCAGAUGUUCCCCGAAAUUUUGCAAGGUGUUCUGGUUCAGCCAUAUGUAAUUCGUUACACACCCCCAUUCGAUGAGUUCGAAGUUGAUCGCUACUUGCUACCUCAAGGUGAAUCGGUUACCAUGUUACCAGUGCCUGGCCCAUCCAUCUUCCUCGUCAUGACUGGGGAGGGCGAGAUCCAGGCUGAUGGCAUGCCUGACGAAGGAGUAGCAAAGGAAGGGGAUGUUUUCUUUGUGCUGGCACGCACGGAGGUGAAGCUUCACGCUUCUGGCCCUGGGUGCUUGCAGCUGUACAGAGCCGGAGUAAACAGCAGAUUCUUCUGUUGACAUGGAUAACCCUCCAGAUGGGUAAUUUCAAGGGCCAUGGUUGUUGCAAGAGGGAUCACCCGGUGUUCGUACUAUGUUACCAGGUUUUUACAUGCACAUCAAGAAUACUGAACUUGUUGUAAGGUUAGUUAGCCAAAGUUUAUCAUAGUGUAUAGGCAAGUCGAGAGUUGAGUCCAUUCGUUCAUAUCUUAAUCAUGUUUACGUAUUCAUAGGCAUCUAAUUUUCAGUAAGCUGGGAUGAGAAAAUGCAGUCUGUAGUUGAGCUUCAACUAUCUAUAUGUGUACAUGGAAAUUGGGAAGGAAAAUUAAUGCCUUGAUAUCUCGUGCUUAA